CAUCACUCAGACGUGAUAUCAAGAAGUUUGUCCGUCUGCGCUGCUACUUCAGAGCACGUCGAGCACUUAAGUAACUUGCUUUUAAGUUCAUUUUUGCUAAAUUAUCAGCCAGAACUUGCCUGUUCCAAUUGGCGAGAGUGAACGGUUUUUUUGCUUCGUUAUCUUAUUUUGUACAGCCUCAAAUUCCAGCUGCCCUGAAGUGAGAAUAUGCCGUCAGCAUCUUUCUAUUUCGUGGAGCCCGAAACUCGGAAGCCUUCGAAAGUUCGGUUGUUUUUGGCGGCAUUGUUUCUGGUGCUACUCGUUUUGUCGAUCACAUUUAGUUCGUUGUAUGUUGUGGAGAAAAAUAAGACGACCAGCGAGGGCGGUCAGUCGAAGCAGCGGCCAAACGGCACAGCAACACAGAGCACAAUCAAGUCAAGCCUUACUCCGUCGACAAAGACUUGUAAUACCCUCAGAUGUGUCGUCAGUGCUGCAGGCAUUCUGAAUAAUCUUGAUCAAUCCACCGACCCAUGUGAAGAUUUUUAUCAAUACAGUUGUGGAGGAUUUGCAAGGAAGAAUUAUAUCCCUUUUACAAAAUUACAAACUGGUUCUUUUUCUGCACCAAGUGAACUCAUUCUACAGACAAUGAGAGAUCUCUUGGAAAACAAACAAUUGAUGUCAAAAUACUCUGCGUUUCCAAAUUCAGCUUUCUAUAAAGCAUUCGUAUACUACAAAUCCUGCAUGAACGACAGCGCCAUCGAAAACGCCGGGAUUCAACCCAUUCUUGACGUGAUUGAAAAAUAUGGCUCUUGGAACAUAACCAACAGCGGAUGGUCUGAAGAUUCUUGGGUGUUGGAGAAAAUACUGGCCAGAGUACUUGCCGAUACAGGAGUACCAGUGUUUUUUAAUGUGCGAAUAAUGGAAUCGGUCGUCAACACCUCGGAUAUCUAUGUUACGAUAAGUUGUGGGUUGAUUGGCCACGAUAAACGACUGGAAAGAAAAAGAUGGAGUUCAUAUAACAUCUUGAUGAAACAAAAGAGAGUUGAAGGUAUUCCAACUACAGAUACCAAAGAUUACAAGGAGCUUAUGUCCGCCAUAUUCAAACUGUUGGGACCAGCAAAUUCCAGUGUUGAUAAUGAAGUGAAUCGUAUCGUUAAUUUGGAAGACAGCUUCUUAAAGAUCCGAGAAGAUAAUGAUACGAAUUCCCUAAAGGAUUUGUAUAAAUUUACGACGAUAGAAGAGCUGAAUAAACUGACGUCCCUGAAGUUUAAUUGGAAACUCUUUCUGGACGAAAUAUUUAGGGGGACAGAUAAAUCAAUAGCACCAGACCAAAAACUCAUGAUACUAAUACCAAACUGUGUUAAACGUAUCGCUAACUGGUUGGACGACAAACCCAGGAGUUUGCUUGCUAACGAAGUAAUAUGGAAAAUCGUCAGAACCUUCAUCGAUAAUCUACCAAAGGCAUUUGGAGAAAAACAAAUGAGUUAUGAUGCGAGCCUUGGGGUGUUUCCAACUCCUAAAUGGAAAAAAUGUAUUGCUUUGGCAGACAAAUAUUUCACACAUGCUACCAAUUUGCUGUAUGUUAACAAAAGUGUGAAGAACGACGAUUUGAAAAAGGCAGCCGUUAUGUUUACUGAGAUCAAAUCUGAGUUCAUUGAUGGCUUGGAAGAACAGAAAUGGAUGGAUGAUGCAUCCCGCGCUCAGGCUCGCCUUAAGUUGGAAAAAAUGAAGACAUGGGUUGGAUAUACACCAUUUGUGAAAAAUAAAACAGAACUUAACAAUUAUUACAAAAAUUUCCAAGUUCAGGAAUCAUUUCUUUUGGAAAAUACAUUGAAUGCAGCGAGGAAUCUAUUUCUUAAAGAGAGUCAGCAAUUGGGAAAACCGUCGGAUGAAAGCAGAUUUUCAACGUCAACUCUAGAGGUGAACGCGAAAUAUUUCCUUCUAAAAAACCGCGUAGGAAUUUUAGGGGGAAUGUUUCAAACACCUUUCUACGGGAGUGGUAGGCCAAAUGCAUUGAAUUACGGCUCACUUGGCUACAUCGUAGGCCAUGAAAUUACACACGGCUUUGAUAAUAAUGGUAUUUACUUCGAUGAAUAUGGAAAAAUACGCGAAUGGUUGACUAAGGCAUCAAACGACAACUUUACGAAAUUAUCAAAAUGCUUUAUCGAACAGUACAACAAUGUUACAAUAUUUGGCUAUAAGGUUAACGGCGAGCAGACCUUAUCAGAAAAUAUUUGCGAUAACGCAGGGUUGAAAUAUGCCUACAGAGCAUAUCAAAAAUGGAGGGAAACGCAUGGAGAUGAAGACAGGCUACCAGCUCUUUCUUUGGAUAAUAACCAACUUUUUUUUGUUAGCUUUGCCCAGACUUGGUGUCAGAAGUAUAAAAAAAGAGGCGCCAAAUAUCGUAUAAAGCAUGGUAAACAUUCGCCGGAACCAGUAAGAGUACGCGUGGCAAUUCACAACUCUCCCGAAUUCAGUAAAGCAUUCGGAUGCCCAUUGCAGAGAAACACCUGCGAAGUUUGGUAGUAUUCUUUUCAAUUUCGGCUAUACUCAUGUCAUGACAUUCUCAGCAAACUUGAUCAAUCCACCGAGCCAUGUGAUGAUUUUUAUCAGUACAGCUGUGGAGGAUUUUUAGAAAAGAGUUAUAUACCGGACGGCCAAUCGUCCUUUGAUUCAUUUACUGAACCAGGUGACGCUAUUCAAUACACCUUGAGGGAUAUCUUCCAAAACAACCAAUUGAUGUCAAAUUACUCUGGGGUAAUAAGUAUUUUAUUUUAGCUGGCAAAAAUGACACUCUUGAUUGCUCGUGAAGAAUUGCAAAAAAAAACGAGUGAG